GUGUAGGAGUGACACGUCACGAAGGUCAGCGAGAGCUGAGGGAAAGAUGACGACCACCUACAACACCUUCAGUCUGCACAUUGCCCCUGAGAAGUUCUACAUUGAAGCCUGUGAUGAUGGCGUCACUGAUGUGCUAUCCAUUGACAGGGUGUCCACAGAAAUGACCCUGACAGUGAGGAAGGAUAUUCCUCCAUCAGCAAUAACACGACCAAUAUGUGGAAUCAUGGGAACUAUACGGCUGGUAGCAGGUAUGUAUCUCAUCGUCAUUACCAAGAAAAAGAAAGUGGGUGACCUACUUGGCCAUGCGGUCUGGAAAGCAGUGGACUUUGAUGUUAUUUCCUACAAGAAAACCGUUCUGCAUCUCACUGAUAAUCAGAUGCAGGACAACAAGACCUUCCUGUGCAUGAUCAACAGCGUCCUGAACACAGACGGUUUCUACUUUGCUACUGAUUAUGAUCUGACUCACACUCUCCAGCGACUGUCCAACACCAGCCCUGAGUUUCAGGAAAUGAGUUUACUGGAGCGGGCAGAUCAGAGAUUUGUAUGGAACGGUCAUCUCUUGAGAGAAUUCCUAGCACAGCCUGAGCUACACAAGUUUGUCUACCCUGUUAUUCACGGCUUCAUCAACAUGAAGUCGUGCUGCAUCAAUGGCAAAAUCUUCGACUGGAACAUAAUUUCCAGGAGGAGCUGCUUCAGGGCUGGUGUGCGUUACUAUGUCAGAGGUAUCGACUCUGAGGGUCAUGCUGCUAACUUUGUUGAAACGGAACAGAUUGUUCAGUAUAAUGGAGGAAAAGCUUCAUUUGUUCAGACUCGUGGGUCAAUCCCGUUCUACUGGUCACAGAGACCAAACCUCAAAUACAAACCAAAACCACAGAUCAGCAAGAGUGUCAAUCAUUUGGAUGGUUUCCAGAGGCAUUUUGACUCACAGAUCAUAAUGUAUGGCAAGCAAGUGAUUCUGAACUUGAUAAACCAGAAAGGCUCAGAGAAGCCGUUAGAAAUGGCCUUCGCAAAGAUGGUGGGCAGUCUGAGCAACGGCAUGAUCAAGUACAUCGCGUUUGAUUUUCAUAAGGAAUGCAGCCGGAUGAGGUGGCAUCGCCUGCAGAUACUGGUUGAGAUGGUAGCGGAAAUGCAGGAUGAAUUUGGCUACUUCCUAGUGGAUUCUGAUGGAACUGUUCAGCUGCAACAGGACGGGACUUUCCGAAGCAACUGCAUGGACUGUUUGGAUCGGACUAAUGUGAUUCAGAGUCUGCUGGCGCGGCGCUUGCUGCAGUCGCAGUUAGAGAGAUUGGGAGUUCUUCAUGUGGGCCAGCGGAUUGAAGAACAGGCAGAUUUUGAAAAAAUAUACAAGAAUGCUUGGGCAGACAAUGCCAAUGCAUGUGCCAAACAGUAUGCGGGCACAGGAGCCCUAAAGACAGAUUUCACAAGGACAGGAAAGAGAACCCAUUGGGGUCUGCUGAUAGAUGGAUGGAACUCCAUGAUCAGAUACUACAAGAACAACUUCUCAGAUGGCUUCAGACAGGACUCCAUUGAUUUGUUCCUGGGGAAUUAUGCCGUAGAGGAGGCGGAUAUAAACACUUCUCUACAUGAACCCAAGGACUGGAAGUUCCUCACGUUGCCGAUCAUCAUGGUUGUGGCUUUCUCAAUGUGUAUAAUCUGUCUGCUGAUGGCAGGCGACACCUGGACGGAGACAUUAGCGUACGUGUUGUUCUGGGGCACGGCGAGCAUCGUGACCGGUGGAGUCAUCCUCUUCAAUGGCCGCGACUUUGUAGAUGCGCCUAAACUGGUGCAGAAAGAGAAGAUGGACUGAACGUGUGUGUGUGGAAAGCAGCUAGGUCCUGCCGAGUCUUCAUCCUCCUCAUCCUCAGUGCUGUCUUACUCUCAGCUUAAUCGCGCUUGGAGCCUGUACUGACGCCACAUGGCGAAGAGGAGGGGUGAUGAAGGGGGCGGGGCGGGGCCAGGGCAGUGUGUGAGCAAACGUACACGGACGGACUCGAUGCGUCACACACCUGCUGCUCUCCACACGGUUGUUGUAUCAUAGGGGACCAGCUCCUAUCUUCACCUCAGAUAUCCCAUAAUUCCAUCCUCACAUGGGCAGCUUUACGAAUCCAUCACUGGUAUUUCACUCAAGCACCUUAGUCUAUCAUGCAUUUCAUAAAUGGACUCCGAAAACACCCACUUGUACAGUUUCCACGAGGUUUACGCCCCCCAAUGUGUCGCAGCUCUCUGGCUGUUUGUAUGAAACUAAACGUCUUUGUAUUGUAUCUGCCAUUAGUGCCGAUACUUUUGCACUGCAAAUUGUAAUUUUUUUUUAAUCUGUAUUUUUUUUCUUGCUUUUAAAAAUAUGUAAAUGUCCUUCAAACAAAAUUAUGAAGUGAAAUUUCGUAAAAUAAUGACUUUUCAGAAAAAAACAUUUGUUUUUGUUAAUUGUAAAUUUUUCUUACUCCAUUGGUAAAAACGUUUUUGUUUGUUUUAAGCAUAAAUCUAACUUCAUUUAGGUUUAUUCUUUAAACAACACAAACUAUUUACCAAUGAGAUUUCAGUGUGGGAGGGGCUACCCACAGAAAUAGUGAUCGAUGAAUAUGAAAAACGAUGAAAAUGAAAAUCGCUAUUGUACAGAGCCCUGUAGAGGACAGGGAGGUAAUUUAUUUUCUAAAAUAAUUUUGUGUUCCCUCAAAUUUAUUUUGGCCUUACCAUAAAGCUAUUGCUAGAGAAUGCAAACUAUUGCGGGGAAAUGCAAAACAAUUUCGGGGAAACGCAAAACUAUUGCGAGGAAACGCAAAACUAUUUUGGGAAACGCAAAACUACUGCGGGGAAACGCAAAACUAUUUUGGGAAACGCAAAACUAUUGCGGGAAACGCAAAACUAUUGCGAGGAAACGCAAAACUAUUUUGGGAAACGCAAAACUAUUGCGAGGAAACGCAAAACUAUUUUGGGAAACGCAAAACUAUUGCGGGGAAACGCAAAACUAUUGCGGGGAAACGCAAAACUAUUGCGAGGAAACGCAAAACUAUUUUGGGAAACGCAAAACUACUGCGGGGAAACGCAAAACUAUUGCGGGGAAACGCAAAACUAUUGCGAGGAAACGCAAAACUAUUUUGGGAAACGCAAAACUAUUUUGGGAAACGCAAAUCUAUUGCGGGGAAACGCAAAACUAUUGCGAGGAAACGCAAAACUAUUGCGAGGAAACGCAAAACUAUUUUGGGAAACGCAAAACUAUUGCGAGGAAACGCAAAACUAUUGCGGGGAAACGCAAAACUAUUGCGGCGAAACGCAAAACUAUUUUGGGAAACGCAAAACUAUUGCGAGGAAACGCAAAACUAUUGUGGGAAACGCAAAACUAUUGCGGCGAAACGCAAAACUAUUUUGGGAAACGCAAAACUA